AUGUUCUCAAAAAUCUUGUCAGUACUAGCUCUUAUAGCUGUAGCUCAAGCAGGUGUUUUGGACUACGGUCAUGGACAUGGACAAGCCACAUCAUACGCUUCUACAAGUCUAGGUGUAUCUGAACAUGGACACGGAUAUGCUGCUCCUGUAGUAAGUCAUGCAUAUGCUGCACCAGUUGCACAUGGAUAUUCUGCUCCUCUUCUGGCUCAUGGACAUUCUUCUCAUCCCGACGAACAAUUAAAUACCCACCCCAAAUACGAAUUCAACUAUGGAGUCAAAGACGAGCACACCGGUGACCACAAAUCUCAACAAGAAGUGCGUGAUGGAGAUGUAGUAAAAGGUUCUUACAGCGUAGCUGAAGCUGAUGGUACCCUUCGUACCGUUCACUACACUGCUGAUGACCACAACGGUUUCAACGCAGUUGUUGAAAAAUCCGGACACCCCGUCCAUCCAGCUCCAGCCCACGGACACGGAAAAGUACUUUUAGCUGCCCCUGCUGUUCACAGUGCUUCAUUAUAUCAUCAUUAA